GCCAAGACGAACUCCCAAACACACACAGCCACGACGAAUUCUCUCACACACACAUCCGAGAUAAAUUCUCGACGCGGGAAAUCCCAUUAUCUCACGUCUGCCUGGAAUGGUAAAUAUUAAAUUCACGACGUGGGAAUUUUUAAAUCCAAAGAAGAUUUGUGUUCUAGAACUUGGCCUACUUAUUGUGAGGUUUGAGAUUCGUUGGUCUGUCACAGAGGGCUACUUUAGUGAAGACAACAUGACUCCACAGUAACACAGGGAACUUCGGAGCUAUAAAUACACAUACAACUACUUAGUCUAAGUGAGUACUUCAACCUGAGUCAUUAGAACCCAAUAGAAAUUAAGUCAAUUACUCAAUCGGGUCUACUGUGAACCUGCCCAAUGUUUGUAGUCCUAGUACGUAAACGAGGCUUUGUUUAGCAUUGCACGUGAUUUGGCAGUCAUUUUAAUUAGGAUUAAAAGGCUCCAGCUCUUCAAUCUUAAAACCGGCACUAACAAGUGAGAGAAACAAACCAUCACAUCAAAUAUGGCUACUUGUGGUAUCCCGACUGUCACCUGUGUCCUACUGCUUCUGUUCAUGGCUGUAUUAUACAGCACAGCACAUGCAAAUGCUGAUACCUCACUGACCGUCAAUCAAGAUAUUUCAGAGGGAGAUGUUGAAAUGAUGGAUGCAAGAUUUCGAAGAAGCGCCAGGCAGAAAGAUGCACCAGGUGACAAAGCUUCACGCAAGGGCAACAAACGCGGUCCUCAAGAAAAAAUCGAUGGCAACAAAGUUAGCGCCAAACGUAAUGGAGGCAAGAAAAAAGAGAAAGGCAAGAAGAAGCAGCCAGGGAAGAAGUCUUCAGGGAAUGUGAUACCUCCGGGGGUCAACCGCAAAACGUUGGCAUUUGCAGAGAGAGUUGGCAGCGCCAAUAGUCAGUUCGCCUCCAAAGUGAUGAAAGCAAUUUACCCCAAGAUUCAGUACAAUACCAUCAUUUCUCCUCUCAGCAUCCACACGGCUAUGUCCAUGGUGCUUCUUGGGGCUAGAAAGACAACAGAAAGAGAAUUGUCGUUGGCAUUAGGAUUGAGGCAGGCGAAAGUGGAAAAAGGUCAACAGGUACACAAAGGCUAUCAGACGCUCUUGGCUAUGCUUACUAGCGUCAACCCGAACGUCAACCUCAACAUCGCCAACGCUGUCUUUGUGAAGCCAAACAUCCCAGUUGAAGCAGCAUACAGAAAUAGUUUAAUUUCAUUGUACAAUGCCACAUUCGAGAGCUUCAAUUUCUCAAACCCCGCCGGCCCUGAGGCGCCCAUCAACGACUGGGUGUACAACGCCACCAGUAAGAAGAUCAAGGACCUACUGUCCCCAGGGACCAUCAACUCUCUGACGUCUAUGGUUUUGGUGAAUGCACUUUUUUUCAACGCCAGCUGGGAUCGGCCUUUCUCUGAAGGGACGACCUCUAUGAAACCAUUCCAUACCCUCAGUCAGGGGGUCAAGGACGUGGAAACUAUGGAAACCACGAACAUUUUCAGCUACGUCAACAACUCCGGGGCAGAGGUCAUAGAGCUGCCCUUCAGAGGUGACCGCAUGGCCAUGUACAUCAUCCUUCCGUCCAGAAGUUCAAGUGUGGACCAAAUCGUUGAGGAGUUAAGCAACACUCAGAAAUACGGACAAGAUGCAGCUGAUCGUGUCUUCAGAAACAUGGAGCCGGCCAGCAUUCAUUUGGAGCUGCCAAAGUUUAAAAUCGAGAGCACCUCAUUGAAGCUCAAGUCUUCUUUGCAAUCUCUUGGGAUUAAAGAAGCUUUUUCUGACAAGGCGGAUUUAUCCGGUAUAAGUUCAGUUGAUCUCUCUAUUGACGACGUCAUACACAAAGCUUUCAUUGAUGUCAAUGAGCGAGGCACAGAGGCAUCGGCAGCCACUGCGGCUCUGCUUACUCGCAGAUCUCGUCCGACGGUUAAAUCCACAGAUGUUAAAGUUGACAGGCCAUUUGUUUUUGCCAUCCGGGACAAACCAACCAAAGCAGUACUCUUUGUAGGAGCAUUUGUUGGGCAGACCAGCUAAACAGUGGAUCUAGGGAAAUCUAGCAGAAGUCUAGCAGAAGUCAUCUUACGUUCAAAUAAAUAUCUUCUGUACAUUUCUUUAGCGAUGAAAAUGUUGCUCUGAGUUAUAAAAAAAAUAAAAUAAAAUGAAAAUGUGUUCGAAUAUUUCCAGAAAUUA